UCUGGGAAUAAUUGUUAUUUUUGUUGAUGACAUAGUUGAUGUUUCUGUCGAAUAAAUGACAUCAUUCAGUCCCCUCGAUUCCAAUUAGGUCAGAGGUCGCAGACGAUCAACCUUGACAUCGGCCAUAUUGUUCGUGGUUGAAACAGACGUAUACUAAUCCGGCCAAUGGCACAAUAGAAUCAAUCCGAAUUCAACCAAUAGCUACAAUGCUGUGACAAAACUUCUAAACUCAAGAAAGAGGAAACGAUAUUUUCUCUUUCGAUUCUGUUGCUUUCGGGUCGAUAUUUUUCCUUUCAAUAGGCGAAAUGAAUCUAAGAUCCCUCUUAUUUAUCGUUCUAUUGUUGGGAUUUUUUUUGUUCCUCGUCCGGACUGAAUGCAAGGAAGAGGAUAAGAAGGUCGAUCCAAAAGUAUUGAAAAAUUCUCCCAUUCAUUUGGUUCAAACACUUUUUGGUUUUCCUUUCCGAGGGCAAGCUGCCAGUCCUCUGUUCUCCUUAGUUUCACCCUUUCACAGAUUGCCCUUUUCAUUUUACAACAAAACAGCUUCGACUACUACUUCCACAACCAGUGUAAAGCCGACCGAAAUAUACACUAGCAGCAGUAGCAGCAGCACAACAACAACGACGACGACGACGACGCCGACAACAACAAAACCUCCACCACCUUCCGACGUUCCACAAUUGUUAUCGAAAUCAUCCGACAGUCGACCCAACUCGGCUGAAACCUCCAAAACAAUUUACAUCCCACUCAAAUUUGUAUCCAAUGCUAAACCGUACAGAAUCGUAGUACAGGAUCCACAAACUAUCGAGUGAAGUUUUUGCAAUAUAUAUUAUUUAUCCACGCAUGAAUCGCGUGUUCUUUUUGAUCUGAUAUGUUUAUUCAUUUAUUUAGUCGAUGUAAUUAUAUUUUACAAUAAACAGGAGAUAAUGUAAGCACGUCGAUCUCUAUUCUUGAAAAGUAUAAUUUGCUCUAAACAUCAACAAGAACUUUUGUUUUGACGAAACUUAAAAAAAAAAGAUUUAAUGGCAAUCAAAGGUUGAAGUUUAAAUUCAAUGUAAUGUAUAUAAGAUUUUUAAAUAAUUAAAAAUCACCUGUUGAUUUAAUGCCAUAAUUACUAUCAGAUUUAUGUGUUACCGUACCGAAAUUAACAUUGUAUUAAAAGAUAAUCUAAUAAAGUAUUUUAAUUAUAGAUGAAGCCACUGUCAAGAGCAUUAAAGAGAAAUUUUAACAUUACAAUCAAUCGACUUUGUUCUAGGAAAAAAGAUAUUUAUUGGGAGUUUUUCCUGUAAGUGAAAAAAAAAAAAACUAAUUAUUGCUUCUCGAGCUCGUUUUUUCACU